AAAUUGAUGGAAUGGCAGUGUUAGUUGCACAACGAUUCCGACAACAACCAAAAAAAUAGUUUCUCUAUAAAAAUUUAAGUGUUUUUGUUAAAACAAAAGCCUCCCAGCACUGGGAGGCUUAAAAAUUUAAAUAGUUUGGAAUGAAAAAGUUUUAAAACCAUUAUUAACCAAAAGCAACAAAAAACAGUGUUUCGUUAUACAAAAUCAAUAGAACUGGUAAAACGUCAUCCUCAAAUUCAAUUGUCAGCUACACUCAACACAAAUACAGAACAUCGCCAAAAAAACCUCAACUCUGUGAAAGUCUUGUUAUUUGGUCGUCGACUCAAGAAAAUAUCGCUUUGGAAGAAAGCAGAAGCAAAAUUAAGUAAAACUUGCUGUUCUAAACAAAAAUUAAAUGGUUUCGUAUCCAAAUUACUGCUUUGGACUAAAACUGCGGCGUUAUUUGGAAAUUUCAAGAUUAUUUUGAACUUAAGAUGCCGUUUUCUACAAAGAUUCCGUUUGGCUGCCACAAAAUUAUUGAUUCUUCGGCUUCAAACUCUGUUAUGUCGAACAAUUUUAUUGUACCUGAGGACUCUUAUUGCGGCCUCUGCAGGCGGAAUCAUCCACUGCGAAAGUGUCGGCGAUUUCUGUCCAUGCCGUAUGACAUUAAACUCGAUUUUAUCGAAAGAGAACGGAUUUGCCGCAAUUGCCUGGGAACUACGCAUACGGUGAGAUACUGCCCUAGCAAGGAUUACUGCCACAAAUGCCAACGAAGUCACAAUACAAUACUCCACUACUCCGAUGAGGAUUCCCACAGUGUCCAGCUGGAAAUGACAGCAAUGGUGUAUUUGGCUGAAUUUACCAACGAAGAAGGUGUUCUCUGGAGAAUCCGUUUGGAUCCAAGUCAAGCAUAUUCCUCAAUUGCUGCGUGGUCGAUAUAUAAAAUUCGAACGCUAACAAAUUCCAAACUGUGUCCCGAAACAGUGCUCGUUUAUUUGUGGUCUCGAUUUGAUGGUGGGGAAAGACAUAAAAUCCAGGCCAAUCUUAAGGUUGUCGACCGGCCAAUGGAGAAGACACCAAAACUGCUGCUGAAGAGAGAUAACAUUUUGCGUCGAGUGAAUAAAAUCAGUGUAGCCGAUGUUCAUUUUUGGAAUCCUGAUUAUGCGCCCAUAACCUUGGGAUCCGAUCUGGCGACAAAUAUUUAUAUUGGGGCACCGAAAACAAAUCCCAUGCUGCCGAUGAGCCAGUGCAGCAUAUUUGGUUGGACAUUUUUUGGUCAUGUUAAAAAGGGGGAUAUUAAGGAGGAGAAAGAUAAAAAGAAGAAAAAAUAA